ACGCGGGGCGUGGCGAUUCGUAAACUCGUAAUUGUAAUCGCAUAAUCAUCAAUUUGGGGGCGUGCAAAUGCGCCUGGAUUGAUAUUUUAGGAAUCCGUUGUAGUUUGGUUGUAGUGGUACACGGAUGUGGAGAUAAGAACUCGUUUUAUUUGUUUGCAUAUACAACGGUAACAGCCUUCAAGAUUCAGGUAUAUCCAGUUUGCGAAAACAUGAAAUACACAUUAAUGUCAAACAUCUUUGCAGGUGCAAAUAUGUUCUGGCAGUCUCAUGUAGCUACUUCUGCAAGUGUUGACCAGCUUUUAGAUAAAGAGGAUGCCACUCUGGAGCAGCUCCUCGAUGAAGAUGAUGUUAUCCAAGAGUGCAAGGCGCAAAACAGCAAAGUGGUCGAGUUCCUGACGCGGCCGGAGGUGCUGUCCGCCCUGGUGGAGCGUCUGGUCACUGAGCCGCCGGCCGGCGCCGAGCUCACCACGCAGUACCGGCACCCGAACCUGGCCUGCGAGGUGGUCCAGUGCGCCAUCCCGGCCGUCCUGGACCGGCUGGCCUCCGAUCGCGCCCUGCUCGACCGGCUGUGCGCGCCGCUGCACCAGCCGACGCCGCUCAACCCGCUGCUGGCCAGCUUCCUGUCGCGCACACUGUCACUGCUGCUGGCCAGGAGGACCGACCAGGUGCUCGAGUACCUGCGCUCGCAGGAGCAGUUUGUCGACCAUAUCCUCCAGCACCUGGCUACCUCAGCCAUCAUGGACCUGCUGUGUCACCUUGUCUCCGGGAUUGAGGACACCGAGCCGCGACAGGCCACCUUCACGUGGCUGACGGAGCGGCGUCUGGUGCCGCGGCUGGCGCUCCUGGUUGGGGACGCCGAGCAGCCCGAACGACAGGCGAACGCGGCGGUAGUGCUGACAGCAGCCAUCGCCUGCGGACGGCAGCUGGCCAUGCAGCAGGCGCCCGACGAGCGCGAGCCCAACCCGCUGCUGGCCUCCAUCGAGAGCGAGGAGUUUGUCUCGUCGCUGGUGGACGCGGUGCUGGCCGGCGGCCGCACAGAGGCCGGUCUGGUGAACGCCAUCCACGUGCUCCUGCCGCUGCUGGACCCGGGCGUCGUCGCCCCGACCGUCUCCGCCACGGGCCUGAGCUCAGAGGACGCCACCCCGACCGGCGGCGACCCGCCCUGUGUGUCCGUGGCGGUAUCGGCGCUGCUGAGCCGCCUGCCGGCGCUCCACCAGACCCUGGUCUCUCCGCCGGCGCGGCCCGACCUGGUGACCAGCUGGGGCCGGCUGAGCCCGCCGCUGGGCGCCACUCGUCUGCAGGUGGCGCGCCUGAUAGUCGCCCUCCUGGCCACCGGCCGGCCGGCCGUGCGCGCCCAGCUGGCCGCGCUGGGGACCGUGGAUGUGCUUCUGGAUCUGUUUUUCCACUUUACUCUGAACAACUUUUUGCACUCCCAAGUCGAGCAGUGCGUGAGCCUGAUUCUGGAGUCCGCACCGCAGGAGACUGAGGAUGCCAGCUCCCAUCCGCUGCUCGAACAGCUAUUUACCACCUCGAGGCUUAUUCAGAGAAUCCUGCAAGGAAUGGAGGAGAAAGAUGCAACCACAGAGAAGUGUGAUGAGAACCGGUGCUGGCGGUCGCUGCGCGGUUACGGCGGCCACCUCAUCAGCAUGGCCAACAAGGUCGUGGCCGCCAUGGACUCGGGACCGAACAGCGAGCUACUGCGACGACUCAUUGACCAGCUGCCUGAACACGUGCGGUCCGGGUGGCACUCCUUCACAGACACUCAGCUGCCGCGCAUCAACGAACUCAAUAGGCCGGUGGUGAUGCCGGACCAGAGGCACGACUCGAGCAGUGACUCCGACUUCCGUGGAGUCUCCGAGUCACAACAGUUCACAGCCGCGCUCAUGAAGGCCAUGGGCGACAGCUCAUCGGGUGGUCUGCCGGACGCGUUCGGUCGCGCAGAUGACGAGUUUCGGGAUCUCAGCUCGGGCCUGGGCCCGCUGGGCGCCGCCGGCCUGCUCUCCCUGGCGGCGGAGGCCGAGUCCCGGCCCGGCGCCUCUGAGCUGUUCGAGCAGCACUGCGCCGAGCGGCUGGGCGGUUUGGGUGGCCCGGUGGGCUCGGCCGGCUGGCCGUCCCACGGCGUCUCCAGCUCCAGCAGUGACGAAGAUGAGGACGAGGAGGAGGGAGAGGACGGCCGACUCCGGAUGGAGGUGGACACCAGCGACCCGUGGGCGUCCGCGCCGGCCGCCGCCGACGCCGGCGACCCCUGGGGAGCCUCGUCCGGCGCCGCCGAUAGUAGUGACCCGUGGGCCACCUCUCCCCCCUCGUCCACCGAGGCCAACGUGUGGCAGUCGGCGCCGGCGGCCGACCUCAGCGCCGAGCGCGACUGGGCCAACUUUGACGCGUUCUCGGCUCCGAGCGCGCGGCCGCCGUCGCCGCCGCUGCUACCGCCGCCGGCCGCCGCACUGCAGGGUGUCAGUCCCGACUCUCAGUCGUCGCCCGGCGUGGCGCCUCCGCGGCCGCCUGGCAGUGGAUCACCUCACUUCCCGGUGGAUUUCAACAGUGGCGACGCUUUCGGCAGCGCUGUUGGUUCGGUGCCCAUGGUGACCUCCCCGCCGCGUCCCGACACAGAUUCGUCAGCCGACCCCAGCGGGGCCGUCUCGGACCGACUGACACCGCAGCAGAGUGCCUCGUCUGAUGGCGGCUCAGGUGCGGUUUCGUCGGCGCAGAGCGGCCCCGCCGGCCCGGACAGUCCCAGAAUGGACGUCAGCUCUGAGGGCACUGGCUCGGCCACCUCUGCCGACUCCGGCGCCCCUGUGACGGGCUCGGAGAGCGGCUCCACACUGACGGACUAGCGGCUCGAGCGGCCGCGGCCGACCACUCUGUUGUCCAUAGGCGACGUCCGCCCGAGUACAACGCCUCUGUGACGCGAUGUGUAUGGUGCGUGAUGGCGAGCGUGUCUGUAUCAGAUGAGAGCGGGGGGGGGGGGGGGCACGAUAAACACAGACUGCGACCAUGCGGCUGAUCUUAGCUCUUAGAUCCUGGGUUGACAACUGAACAGUGGUGCUGCGGGCAUUUUGUACCCCUUUAACCGCAGCCGUGCGUAAUUUUUAUUCAUGCUAGCGCGCGCAUUGUUUUAUCUGCUGAGUCUGUAUGUUAUGUACAUUCCAGAGGCGUUUCUGGUUGUUUUAGGUUUGAUCUGCUGGGCGGUACAUUGCGCGCGCCGGGUUUGUUGUGUGCCAAAUUGGUCUCUGCGCUCGCCGGCCCACCCUAUGUUGGUUCAGUGACCGGCCGUUGUCGAAGCCUCGGCGCGCGUCCGCCAGGGGCGCUAGUGAGCCGACCGGUGAUCUGCAGUCUGCACGAGCGAGCGGGUAGUGUGACGAGGCACCAAUACAGGGCAACGCGCCGGAGCGAGA